CAAAGCAAUCCCCACUCCAUGACGAGAGAGCAAGAAACAUCCCAUCUGUUCUCCCCCAUAAAAGUCCGAAAUCAUGGCGGACGAUGGUAUGCUUCUGAACUUCUCCAUCGGAGAAGAUAUCAUCAAGCCAGAACCCAAAUUCAAGGGCGGAACAUGGAGGGAUCGAUUAUCCGCGAAGAAGAUUGCGCUACAGCGGUCGAAAUUUCCGAAAGGCGAAAACAAUAAAAGACCAGGACAGAGCGAUAACGCGAAUCGGAUUCCACUGCCUCUUUCGCGACCCGUCAAGAGACAGCGGACAGAUGGUGAUUUCAAACCUGCAUCUAGCAGCGCUGCCGUUGCUGCUGGUGAUGGCGGUCGUAAAUCGCAGUCUCAUCGGCAGCAGCAGUCUGGACCUCGACAGGUGAUCUCUUCACUUUUCUCGUUCAAUCCGACCCCGAAGACGGAAGAUGAGAAACCAGCGACGGAGGAUACAGCGGCGGAGCCGACGAAACCGACUAAUGCGCCGCUGAUUGAUGGUCUCGAUACAUUCACAAAUCUCGGAUUGUCGCCUACGCUGGCGGCACAUCUCCUGACGAAACUGGAGCUGAAGGCUCCCACCGCUAUCCAAAAGAGCUCAAUGACACAUCUACUGAAGGAGGAAUGCGAUGCGUUCAUCCAGGCUCAGACCGGCUCCGGUAAGACGCUGGCGUACUUGUUGCCGCUGGUCCAGAGAGUUAUGGCACUUUCCGAUCCGAAGAACGACAAUGGGUCUAAACCGAAGAAUGGGGAUGCUGCUGUGCAUCGUGAUUCGGGACUAUUCGCUAUCAUUCUAGCGCCGACGAGAGAGCUGUGCAAACAGAUCUCAGUGGUGUUAGAGGGUCUACUUCGUUGCGCGCACUGGAUCGUCGCGGGCACAGUCAUCGGUGGUGAGAAGAAGAAGUCAGAGAAAGCAAGGUUGCGGAAGGGUUUGAAUAUCCUGGUAGCUACGCCCGGUCGGUUGGCGGAUCAUCUGGAGAAUACACAAGUGCUCGAUGUGAGCAACGUCAGGUGGCUCGUGCUGGACGAGGGUGACCGACUGAUGGAUCUGGGAUUCGAGCAGGAGAUUCAGGGAAUUGUAAAGAAGCUCGAUGAGAGACAGAGACCUAGUCGAAUCCCAGGACUACCUGCAAAGAGAACCACUAUCCUGUGUUCCGCUACUCUGAAGAUGAACGUCCAAAGGCUGGGUGAAAUCAGUUUGAAGGACGCCGUGCAUAUCCAAGCAGACCCAGCGGAUGAAGAUGAUGAGACCAGAAAAUCCAAGGAAGAUUCCGAGUUCAUGGUUCCGGCACAGCUGAAACAGUCCUACGUUGUCGCUGCUGCUAAGCUACGGCUGGUUACUCUCACGGCUCUCAUGAAGCGCACGUUUGCACGCAAAGGUUCGGUGAUGAAAGCCAUCAUCUUCGUGUCUUGUGCAGACUCUGUGGAGUUCCAUUUCGAAGUAUUUACGAGAAAGGAGGAUGAGCACAGCGACAGUGACGAUGACGAUGACGAGGAGGAGGAAGAAGGAGAAGGUAAAACGGACAAAAAGGGAAACAAAAAAGAAUCCAAGCAGAAGUCAGACCCAAAAUCUUCGCCUCAUGGCACGAUAGCCCCAGCAACCGCCUUCUCGAAUCCUUCCAACCCCGUCACAAUCUACAAACUCCACGGCUCUUUGCCUCAACAUGUCCGGACGUCUACUCUCUCAGCCUUUUCCCGCAACCGUGAACCUUCUGUUAUGAUUUGUACAGAUGUGGCAUCUCGUGGUCUGGAUCUGCCUAAUGUCGACUUAGUCGUCGAGUAUGAUCCAGCCUUCAGUGCAGACGACCAUCUGCACCGUAUCGGACGUACCGCACGUCUGGGUCGCGACGGUCGUGCUAUGAUCUUCCUUCUUCCGGGGAACGAAGAGAAUUAUGUUGAGGUCAUCAAACGAGGCUAUCGCGAUGGGGGAAAGGCGUCGGUGAGUCGCACAGAUGCCAAUGAGGUGCUCAAGCGCGGUUUUGGCGGCAAUUCGAACAUUGCCAGUAAGGACUGGGAGGAGAAAGCGACGGAGUGGCAGCUCGAGGUUGAACGCUGGGCGCUGGAGAAUACCAAGUAUCUCGAGAUGGCACGCCGGGCUUACCAGUCACACAUCCGCGCAUAUGCCACACAUGUUGCCAGUGAGCGACACAUGUUCAAUAUCAAGGAGCUGCACCUCGGCCAUCUCGCGAAGAGUUUCGCGCUCCGUGAUCGUCCGGGAAAGAUCAACGUCCCUGGUCUGAGACCAGGAAAGGAGGAAACCAAGAAGGGAUACAAAGCAGAGAGGAAAACAGGAGCAGUGGCCGGGCAGAAGAGGAAGAAUACUUCUGCCAACCGCGUCGAUGAUGAUGAUACUCCUGGCGCAGCUGAUGCAGCCGAAGCGGCCCGCAAGAUGAGGGCUAAGAUGAGGGAGCACAUGGGAGGCGCCAGUGAGUUCAAUCUUGCAUAGUUUUCUUCUCCUUUGUUCUCUUUCCUUUAUUCUCUUAGAUCAUG